AGUUUGUUAUUCAACAGCAAUAACAAUAAUCAUAACAGCGAAAUUCGAGCGGAAUUUUGAAACCAAAUAAUAUUUUAAAUAUUUUACUUUCUUUUUUUUGCGUUCGGGUGGAACAGGUGUUUGGAUUAGAGUCGCAAGUUAGAAACAAAGACCCAAGAAAUGAAAUUGAUUUUCUGCAUCUUGCCAUUGUGCUUCGCCCUGGCCUAUGGCCAAUUUGGAGGAUUUGGUGGCUUUGGAGGUGGUGGUGGCAGUCUCAGUGGUGCUGGGGGUAGUUUCAGCAAUGUCCUGAAUCGUGGCGUUGGAACUUUUACUUCGGCCCUUAAAAAGGUGCCAUUGGUGAAUAAUGUCAAGGAUUUUGCCGAUUUUGCGCAACAAACUGGCAAAAAAUAUGCCUCCGCCGCCGAAAAGACCUUGCGUGAAGGCCUCUUCAAGGAUCGCCUGAAUUUGGUGGACAACAACAAUAAAUUGUUUGCUGCCGGCAAAUCGACUUUCGAAACCGCCAUUAAUGCUUUUGCCGAUCUUACCCCUGCCGAAUUUGUGAAGCAACUUACGGGCAAUGUGAAAUCCGCCAAGGGAGAGGCUGCAGCCAGCAAACAUCGCCAACGGCCUGCUCCACCGGCCGCUGCCAAAAUCCCCGACUCCUUUGAUUGGCGCGAAAAGGGUGGUGUCACCCCGGUGAAAUUCCAAGGGGAAUGCGGUUCCUGCUGGUCAUUUGCCACCACGGGGGCCAUUGAGGGCCACUAUUUCCGCAAGACCGGCCAAUUGAUUAAUCUUUCCGAACAGAAUCUCAUUGAUUGCGGCAAAGAGGACAUGGGUCUGGCUGGCUGUGAUGGUGGCUUCCAAGAGUAUGCCUUUGAAUUUAUUACCAAUCAAAAGGGUGUGGCCAAAAACGAAGUCUAUCCAUAUCUGGACAAGAAGGAUACCUGCCGUUAUAAGGCGAAUUUGAAGGGAGCCGAAAUUACUGGAUUUGCCAAAAUCGAUGAAAAGGAUGAGGCCACAAUGAAAAAGGUUGUCGCAACUCUGGGCCCCCUCGCCUGUUCGGUCAAUGGCCUGGAAUCGUUGUUGCUCUACAAACGUGGCAUCUACUCCGACGAGGAAUGCAACAAGGGUGAGGUAAAUCAUUCCGUUUUGGUUGUGGGCUAUGGCAGUGAAAAUGGCCAAGACUAUUGGAUUGUCAAGAACAGUUGGGACAAGGCCUGGGGUGAGGAGGGCUAUUUCCGUUUGCCACGUGGCAAGAAUUUCUGUGGCAUUGCCAUGGAGUGCAGUUAUCCCAUUGUUUAGAUUUUGAAGAAGGUGUAGAUUUUGGAAGAAAAA